GUAGUUUAUAAAGUGGAAAUUGUACUUGAAUUAAAUAUUAAAUAGAAUAUAAUACAAAUGGAGAAAUUCAAGGGAUCAUUCUGCAGGCUAUGCCUCAAUAACGAAAAUGAUGCAAGUUUCAAGAUAAUAGAUGAAACCAUUAAAGAAGUCUUAGACAUUCUUCUCCCGAAAUUAUGGGUAGAAGAAAAUAACUCCAUUAUAUGCAACGUCUGUUGCACGAAACUGUUUGCGGCAUUUCAUUUUAAAGCCAUCUGUAUGGACACCGAGGACAUUAUUUUUCCUUAUAUUAGUUCCAAAGAUACAGCUUCAGUUGAUCUAAGAGAGGUUUACUUGAAGGAAAAGGAUAAAGAACAAUUAGGAAAUAUAUUGCAAGAUGAGAAAAUUUGUCGAUUAUGUAUGCAGAUAGUCUCAUGUGGAUUUACAUCGGUAAAAGAAGUGAAGGCUGACGUAUUUCUUAAUUAUAUUCCACAAGUUAACUUUAUCUCCACGAAAGACCCGGUUAUAUGUUCGAUCUGCCUUGAUUCGUUAAGUACCCACAGUAGCUUUUUAAAGGACUGUUCGGAUAUACAGGAGCAAAUCAGAAAUGUUAGUGACGAAAGAGAAAUUUUCUUUUAUAUUAAAAAUGAACAGAUUGAAAUAAAAUCUGAACAAAUUGAGGAUGGUGAUACGCCUCUCUGUAAGGAUGAACCCACUGACUGCGAAUCCAAAGGCAACAGUGAUGUGAAAUCUCGUCGGCUAAAACACGAAAAACCUUCAAAAGUGCAAACGUAUAAAUGUGGUAAAUGUAAUUAUACAACCGAUCACAAGAACAAUCUCACACGCCAUCGACGAAUACAUAAAAACCAUUCAGAAAUCCAAUGGUACAAAUGCGAUUCGUGUGAUUAUAAAACUAAGGAUAAGAAUGGCAUUAGAAACCACCAGUUAGUUCACAAGGACAUUUCCAAGGUGACAUUAUACACAUGUGAUUCAUGUAACUUCAGAACCAAGUAUAAGAGGAGCCUAAAAUCCCACAGCUUAAUUCAUAAAGAUCCUUCUGAGUUACAAAUGUACACCUGCGAUUUGUGUGAUUACGAAGCAAAGCGGAAGAAGCAUCUCAAUGUUCAUAAGCUCAAACACAAAAACUAUUCUGAAUUGCAAAUGUAUAAAUGUGACACGUGUGAUUACCAGAGUAAAUAUAGCAGUGCUCUAAAAGGUCACCAGUUAACGCAUAAAAAUUUUUCCGAGGUGCCAGUAUAUACAUGCGAUUCGUGCGAUUAUAAGACUAUGAUUAAGCGAGGUCUAAAAUGUCACAGUUUAUCCCACAAGGAUGCAUCCGAAGUCCAAAUGUACAUGUGUGAAUCCUGCGACUUUAAAACUAAGCAUAAACAAUCCCUAAACAUUCACUCUCGUUUGCACAAAAACCCCUCUGAAGUUCUGACAUACAAGUGCGAUAAAUGUGAUUACAAGACAACACGCAAAUAUCAACUCAAAACGCAUCAGUUAACGCACAAAGAUAUUUCUGAAGUAAAAUUGUACAAAUGUGAUUCAUGUGAUUUUCAAUCUAAAUAUAGCAAGAGUAUUAGACUUCACAAAAUAAAACAUGAAGACGUUUCUUUAGUGCAAUGGUACAAAUGUGACGAGUGCAAUUAUCAAACUCGUUACAAAAGAUCUCUCAAAAUUCAUCAGCUGAUACACAAAGAGCUCUCUGAAUUGCAAACGUACAAAUGUGAUUCAUGUGAUUUCGAGACGAGGCAUAAACAUAGCAUUAUACUCCACCAAAAGAAGCACGCGGAAUUUUUCCAGAUGCCAACAUACACGUGUGAUCAGUGUGAUUUCAAAACUAAGUAUAAAAGUACCCUAAAAACACACACUGUAACUCACAAGAAUCCUUCCGAACUGCAAAUGCACAAAUGUCACUUGUGCGAUUUCGAAGCAAAGCUAAAAGGUAGCUUAACAGCCCACCAAUUACAACAUAAGGAUAUUUCUGAGAUAAAAAUGUACAAAUGUGAUGUCUGUGGUUUUGAAAGUAAGUACAAGCGUUCGCUAAAAUUUCACAAUUUAGUACACAAGGAACCUUCUGAAGUGCCGAUGUACACGUGUGAUAAGUGUGAUUAUGAAACAAAGAACAAAAGUUAUCUGGAAUGCCAUAAGUUAAUACACAAGGACAUCUCUGAGGUGCGGGUGUACGCGUGCGAUACUUGUCACUUCAAAAGUAAACAUAGCAAAGCCCUAAAAAAUCACCGUUUAACCCACAAAGAUCCUUCUGAAGUGCGAAUGUACAAGUGUGACACGUGCAGUUAUGAAACAAAGCGAAAGGGCAAUCUAAAAAGUCAUAUGUUAAGGCAUUAAGAUACUUCUGAGAAGAAGCGGUGCUAGAUGUAAUUUUAGAAGCUUAAAAACAAUCUGCUAAAACACUGCAGCACCAUUGCAGAUAUCAUAAUGUAUAAAUGUGAUGUGUCUGAUAGGAAUACAACACCAGUUUUAAAUGUUUUAUGAAAUUGAUAUUGUAAAGUGUGUAAAUAAAAUAUUGUAAGUAAAUUUCCUAUAAAUUUAUGUAAUUUACAACCUCCCACAGUAUUGAAACUGUUUGGAAGAUGUUGGGGCCUUAUUUUCCAAAAAUAAUAUUGUAAAU